UGUUCGUUUCAUUUUCCCCAACUGUUACCUAAGUCGUUUGUUGUGUUUAUGUAGUAUUCUCGACUCCUGAGUCCUGAGCUGAGAUAAUGGAUUCGGUUAUAUUACUCUGUGAUUUAUUUUAAUUUUUUGUGCUUAAUAUGUGCUAUCUGUGUUUAGGCUUAUGCUGCUCGUUCAGCGUUUGCAAGAGCUAGCUAGCACAUGCAGGCUAAUGACAGUUACAGUGUAGUGUUUAUACUAGCAAUAAGGACUAGCAAGCUCACGCUGCAUUUUCUAAUAACAACCACACAAACACAUUAAUAUAAUACUUAAUCACUUCUGCGGGUAAAUCCACACAGUUGUCCAAUCAAGAUGUCAGUGGAGCUUGAUGUAUUUGUGGGAAACACUACCAUCAUGGACAAGGAGGUGUACCAGUUAUGGCUGAAUGGAUACACAGUAAAUGAUGCAGUGAAGGUGAGGAUGGAAGGAGGCGUUAUGGAAGAAUGUGAGGCCAGUCGUGAUGUCCUCCUAAGUGACACCAUGGACCAGUUUCGUACCUUUCAGAUGUGUGAGAGGCUUUUGCAAAAUCCAGCUAAAUUAGCCAACCAGCUUCUGUUCCAGAUACCGCCAGAUCGACAAGCCAUGCUGAUUGAAAGAUAUUAUGCGUUUGAUGAUGCCUUUGCUCGUGAAGUCCUUGGAAAGAAGCUAUCUAAAGGGACAAAAAAAGAUCUUGAUGAUGUUAGUGCAAAGACUGCCAUUAUGCUGAAGAGCUGCAGGCGACAAUUUGACAACUUCAAGCGUGUGUUUAAAGUGGUGGAAGAACUCAAAGGCCCUCUGGUGGAGAACAUAAGACAGCACUUUCUACUCCCUGAUCAGCUGGCAAGGGAUUAUGCAGCCAUUGUGUUCUUUGCCAAUAACCGUUUUGAAACGGGAAAGAAGAAGCUUCAGUAUCUAACAUUUCAGGACUUUGCCUUCUGUGCUGGGCAGCUGAUCAACCAUUGGACAGUUGGAGCUGUUGACAACAUGGUGGAGGACAUGGAUGUGGAUCUAGACAAAGAGUUCCUUCAAGACCUUAAAGAUCUCAAAAUGUUAAUCACAGACAAGGAUCUUUUGGACCAGCACAAAAGUCUGGUAUGUGUAGCUCUGCGAGGAAAGACUAAAGUCUUCAAUGAAAUGGAAGCCAAUUUUAAGAACCUUUCCAGAGGCCUUGUGAACAUUGCUGCCAAAUUAACAAACACAAAAGAUGUUCGCGAUUUCUUCAUUGAUCUUGUAGAAAAGUUUAUUGAGCCUUGCAAGUCGGAAAAAUGGACAUCUACAGAGGUCAACCUCUAUCUCACCCACUACACAAACUCUGCACACAUACUGGACAGUUUCAAGCACCAGACUGUCUGGACUAGGUAUAUGGGAGUUAUUAAAAGCUGCAUCCUCAGAAUGUAUCACGAGUGAAGAAUAACAUUUCUUUGUUGUUUCUUUGUCUUCUCUUCACCCUUAGUCAAAACUGCUUUGGACUCAUCCCAAUCCAGCUCACAGUCUGACCCAGUCUUUCUUUAAAUCCCAUGUUCAUCAUUUUUGCUCCUCUAAUCCUUACCCAAAUAUUUCCAACAGCUGGCCAUCUCUUGGAUUCCCUCCUCCCACGUUCCCCUUCUCUUUAUCCUCUGUUCAUUUCUUUACCCAUUGGCCAAUGUCGAUCCCUGGAUGACUUGUAAAUAAACAGUAUUCUAUGA